AGUGCUGAAAGCUCGACUCAGACAGCAAAAGACACUCUGAGACUCACUGAGCAUUAACAGGAAGACUGACUGACGCACUGAGACUGAGAGAAAGAGAGCUGGAAAAUGUGUAAAGGAUUAGCCGCGUUACCACAGACCUGCCUGGAAAGGGCAAAGGAGAUCAAGUCUAAGUUGGGAGUUUUACUGCAGAAGCCAGAAAAUGCAAUCGACCUCAUCAUCCCGUACCCCGAGAAGACCGAGAAGAAGCCGGAGAAGCUGCAGAAGCCUGCUCCUGAGGAGGCAGCUCAGUGGCGUGAGGGUCUGGACCGAGUCCUGAACAACAACUAUGGUCUGACUGCUUUCCGCAGCUUCCUGGAGUCUGAGUUCAGCGAGGAGAAUAUCGAGUUCUGGAUGGCCUGUGAGGACUACAAGAAGACCAAGAACCCCAUCAAGAUGUCCACCAAGGCCAAGAAGAUCUACGAGGACUUCAUCCAGUAUGACGGACCCAGGGAGGUGAACAUUGACCACUUCACCAAGGAAGUGACCUUGAGGAACCUGGUGGACCUCUCCCCCUCCACCUUUGACCUGGCUCAGAGGAAGAUCUUCGCCCUGAUGGAGAACGACUCCUUUGGCCGUUUCCUGCGCUCUGAGCUGUACCAGGAGCUCCUGGUCAACUAAACAGGAGGAGAAGGAGGAGCAGGAGUCUGAGGGAGGGGAGGUGGGGAUCUUUCAAACAGCAGUUCUUUAACGUGACAACAAAUUUUUAAAUUAACUCUUUCUAAUAAACAACUUUUGUGUAAGAAAGCUUGAGAGACAAAGACUUAUUUUUUCAUAAAGAUAACCAAAACAAGAACGUUAGAAACGUUUGUUUCCAAAUUAUUUUGAAGAUUUGUGAAAAGUAAGACUGCCUUUUGAAAUCGCCCCACCUUCAUAACAGCAAAGGCCCAUAAACACAAGUGUUUUUGAAUUAACAAGAGUAGUGAGAAUCCAGUGUUGACAACAAUCAGUCUACAUAAUCUUGGCUUUAGAGUCUCCAAAAAAUGACUUCACGCAUCCAAAAUAGCCUAAAAAACCUGACUGGUUCUCACAAAAAUGUAGACAUGCAAAAUAAAUUUGAAAACAACACACACAGUCAAGAUUUGAUACCAAAAAUGAUACCAAUGUGUUUCUUUAAAGAAAAGAUAACUAGGUAUUUAGACAUGGCCUCAGGGUCAGAUCUUAAACCGUUUGCUCAUCAGUGUACCCCUUUGGAAAUGAUCCGAAAUGAAUGUGAUGUUAUACCUUAAACAGAGUUGUUUGGAAAAUCCACUGACUGCCAUGACUACCCCCCAGAAAGGGGCACAAAGUAGGUCUGGUUUCACUGAGCAAAGAGGGAUUUACAAGUCUGUCACUGGGCAUUAAUUUUCCUACAAAAACCAAAGUAUCCCAAGUUUACAAUCCUAAUUUUACAUCAUCCACUCAACUUGAGGAGUAGUUCUAAGUUUCAGACCUGCUCCACAAGUCCAGCACAGACUUUUCAGCCCUUACUGAAUGGAGACAGUCUUUGCUUAAACAAGACUUUAACUCACAAGUAGAGUUUAGCAGAACUGUGUUGCACCAGCUAGCUCACAGUGGCGCUUAUGCAUCACUGGCGUUGAUGGUGUUGCACCAGCUGAGAUAGAAGGAAUGAAGUCCAUUAAGAAAUACGCGUAUCAGGUUGGAUUACUUUUUACCUUUGCUUUGGUUUUCCAUGAGCACAUAUCAGGCCCACCAUUAAAUUACCUCACACAAUUGACAGUUUAACCAUUCAGUGUCAUAGCUGUUGUUCUGCACUGGCUGCAGAUUAAGAGCCUGUAUCCACAGCUGUUUCAUUCAUGCUAGCAGCAUUCAACUUCAGUUUCAGAACACUUCUCACCAAACAAUGCAUAGGAAACUCCUGCACACUGUCCAACUUGCAAAAAAAAGGGGACAUUUAUUUUGCUGCAUGAGCUCUGAUGCCAUUUUGAGAAGUUGGCUGCAGGUGUGAGGCCACUUCCUAUAUCAGGAUGUCCCGCCCUUUUUGACAAACUGUUUGCCUGAUGAAGGUCUAGUACAGUAAUGUUGCAAAUAAAUAUUCAAAUUUUUGCAAGUUGGGCAGUGAGCAGGAGUUUCCUUUGAAUUGUUUGUUGGAUUCCUUGUUACUUUUCAUCCAUUUUUCUGAAAUCCACCUGUCAGCUGUUAGUAGAAAAGAUAAUGCAUGUCAAACAUUUAUGGUCAACUUUCAGCUUUAGACAUUUUAGGAGCGAAAUUUUCCUGCAUCAAACCCAGUGAUGCAUAGCUCAGAAAUAUCCAGCUCAAAUAUCUCAAUCGCCCCCUAGUGGCUGGUUGUGGUAUAGGAGCUGAUCUAACUGUUAGAGGCUAAAAAUGUCAUACAUUCAAAACAAAGUAAAAAUAUUUAAACAAAAUUAUAUUAAUAAGACAAACACAAAAAAAGAGUUUAUUUGGAAGUUUGACCCCAAAGAAUAUAUGAAUAUAAAGAAAGAAUAUACAUAUGUCGUGUGCUUGAGAAAUGCUGGACAACACUGAUGUUGUACCGAAAAUGAGCGCUGCUUGCAUUGAGAAUGCCGGCUGUAGAAACAGACCCUGGAGUUGUAGGCUUUGGUUAUCACCUGAUAAUUAUGUUUUGUCAUAUUUGCAUACAUUUUCCAUCUGUUUGAUAUCAGACAGCCGUUAAAGGAGGUUAAUAUCAGCUGUUAGCCUCUUCAGAGAUGCAGCAGAGAGAUGCAGCACAGAAACAGGCAGAGAAUUUAGAAAAAUGACUUCCACUGAUUCAUCAGAUAAAGUAAAAACAUCAUAUCUCAUCAUAUCUGUUGCAUGGUGCAACAUGCAAAGUAUUUUGGUGACUCAAGCCAUAAAUGUAUCUAAAGAACAGCUGGGAAUAACUUCUUCUUUAUGAGAUUUUCUUACAAAUACGUCAAAUACUUCACUUUAAUUGCCGUAACUCAUUAUUACUUUGUUUCAGGCCUAAACACAGUCAUUUCUUAACAUGCAAUAAAAAAGCCAACAUCAAAAUAGAGGAUUCCUUUCAAUAAAAGCUGGCUUUAACUUGAGCUUACAUUUAAACAACAUCAGAAUCCUUCAUCUUCAUCUUCAAUCAUUUUACAACAAAUUACUUUGGCUCUUUCUUUUUGUAACUUACAAAGACAGUGACCUUUAAAUCUUUGUGGUUCAAACACAUUUUGAACAUUUUGAGUGCUGGAAAGGUUAUGACCUUUUUCUUUCAGCGUGUGAAGAAACCAGAUGAGAUGAAUGGCAGUUACACAGUUUUAAACCAGAGAUUUAAAUAAAAAAUUACCUUGCAAAGAACAAUGAGUUUUUUUGAUAAAAUAACCAGUAAAAUAGCCUUUGUAACCCUUUUUUAGCACCAGUAUCCCACACGAUUGUCACUCUUAUUUUGCCUCUUCCACUCUCACACACACACAAAGCUAGGUUUGGAUUUCCACCAAACGUCCACUUUUAUUUAGGAUGCACCCUGUGAGAGUCGUCUCUGAGAACAGUACUGGCUGGUUGGCUCAGUGGUCAAGCUCCAUGGCUACCACGAUACUGCAAGUUGCUAAGAUGGGAAAACCAAGUAGGAGGGAAUCUUAUACAGAGAAAGAAAAGAAAAAGAGCAGAGGUUUUAACAGAGAGAGGUCUUUUUUUUCAUGACAAAGAUGGCUGCAGAGUCACUGAAGAAGUCUGGACCUGUAUUUAUGAUACACCAGUAAAAACAUGGGAGACAGAGCUUACAGGUUUGCAGCACAGGAUGAUGCUAAUAGCUACUGAGCAUCAUUUAUUAUGACCUUUAUAUCACCAGCCACUGAGAAAACCUUACUUUGAGUCUGUUUAAAGCCAAAAGUAGAAUCAGGCAAAGCAAUGCAAUGCACAAAUUCAGCUAGAAUAGCUGCAAUUAUACUUUUCUUAUGCAAUUUUACUGGUUAACACCUUAAACCACAAGUUAUGUUUCUCUACAGCACCCUAAUAACAGAAACACUGGUAUCCAUCUGAUUUACACUAAGCAGGGAUGAAGUUUGACACUGAUGUGAAGAAGGAUUUCAUUGUGGUGUUCAAUUAUAUAACCUUAAGUUGAAUGUAGCAGCCAUAAAGUGUGAUUAUAUAUUUAGAUUUUACUGCUUUUUAUAUUAAACACAAACAGAUAUGUCUUAAGAGUAUUGUUAUCCACAUAUUCAGCAGCUUAGAAGUCCUUAUUGGUCACUAUAAUAAAACAAUUUCAAGAAAAUUCAAACUUUUUUGGAUAUUUGGGGAUGACAGUCAUAUUUUUUAACUGUAUAACACAAAAAUGUCCAUCAGAAUGGGCAACACAUGAAAAAUUAAAAUUGACAAGAACUGACAUGGGUUUAUUGUGACACAGAUUGACCAGUCUGGAGUCCAAACCUUCAGUUAAAUCAUCAGUAAGGGCUUCAUCAGUGCUGAGUAUGCAUUAUCUUUUGUAGCCUUGCAUGUACGUUUUGGAGUGGUCACAUAAAAUAUAUAUGCAUACAAUUCCUGAAGAUGUAUUUAUUUUUACAUGUAAAUAUCAACCAUUUGAAAUCUA